AUGCUCCGUAAAGUGUCUCUUAAUGCAAAAGCGCCUAUUCCAUCGGUCACUUCUUUGGAGCCAACAAGGAAAGAAAAAAAAUCAGUUCGAUUCAAAGAUACAUUAGAAGAUAUUCGUAUCUUUGUCAAGACAGAUAGACCUACUGCCUGUCAAAGCAAUCCUUCAUCCUUCAUUUCUUAUACCUAUCGCCUUCGCCGUGCCAAUUGGACUCAUCAUGGACUUCCUGGUAAACCCAUCGCCCUUGAGUCGAUUAAGCUCUCAAGGUCUGAUCAAUCAUAUUUCCUCAUCGGUCACUGUCAAGUAGUCAACAUUGCUUAUGAAAAGUUGGUCAAAGUUCGAUACACUCUGGAUAACUGGCAAACUUAUCAAGAGGUCCAGGCAACCUAUAAAGAGUCUACACUAGACAGUAAAGAUAGAUUCAUAUUCAGAAUCGAUCUCGUCGUCAAUACUGCACACCACAUAUCCUUGGCCCUUCAGUACCUCGUGAAUGGCAAAGAAUAUUGGGACAACAACCGUUGCCGUGAUUAUCGAUUAGACAUUGUCUCUAAAGCGUACACUGGUAAAACAAUAAGCUGCAACAGUGACAGUGGUAGUAGCAGUUCCGAUGAUGAACCCGCUGAUACAGACGAUCUUAUCAUUACCUCACCAUUACAAUUAGAAUACUAUCCCUUAAAGACAACUAUUGUCAAAAGUCAUGCAUUAUUCAUUUGUAAAUAA